AUGCAAGUGUUCAGUACAAUUGUCAUUCAGUUUAUUUUGCUUCUAUACACUACCAAUUAUGUUAUAUCACUUAAAUGUUAUCAGUGUAAUUCACAUAAUGAUAAUGCAUGUAAUAGUAUUACUGAUUCACGAGAACGACCUAAAGAAUGUCCACCACAUCUACAAGCAUCAUGUAAAACUAUAGUUCAGGAGGCACCAUAUAUGUAUAGUCAUAAUGUUACGAAUAGGCCAACUGUACGAAUCUAUCGUGAUUGUAGUGCAAUCUCACCGGAAUUCCCUCAAUGUAUAGACAGAGUGGGUACAGAUAAAGUGAAAAUGCGUUAUUGUAUUUGUACAGAUGAUGCAUGUAAUCAAAGUGUUCUAACUAACAGUGUUCAAGUCAAAUCAAUAUUCAUUUCAACAGCGUUCAGUAUCCUAAUUUAUUUAUUCUCAUUAAAUUAA